AUGCCAGACAAAGCGAAUAAAAUGUUUUCGCCGUCAUCACCGUGCGAGAAUGGCCACCCAGUAGUCACCGAGACAGACCCUUUACUCCCAAUGCCAGCGGUUGUUUCCUCCCACAGCAGUCCGACCGGAGACGGGGAUCAGUGCCAGGACCCCUCGAGACAGGAGAUCAAGUAUCUCUACCUUGACUUCGAUACGGCGCUCCCGACUCCGCGAAUUGCAUUGCCCCCGGGACCUGGACAACUACCACCACCGGAACAGCCGUGUUUGAAGAAAUAUACUUCCCCGUAUCUCUGGUCAAAAUGGCGCAAGUCAAUGUUGACAUGCAUUUCAUGCAUCUCGACAGCGAUAGCCGGUUAUUCCACUGGUGAGAUUAGUCCGGCAUCGGAAGAGUUGACGAAACAAUGGGGCAUAAGCAGCGUGGUGUACAACCUGGGCAUCACGAUCUUCUGUAUCGGAUUUGCACUGGCGCCUAUGAUAAUCGCACCGUUCUCUGAGGUGAAUGGGCGCCGUCCUGUUUUCAUCGCAAGUGGGAUCUUGUUUACCGCUACAUUCGCAACCGUGGUGGGCGGCGUGAUCAGUGACUUUUACGAGGCAGAGGACAGAAAUACUCCAAUGGCAAUUUAUUCUGGAGGCGCGCUUUUUGGUACCGGUCUUGCUCCGCUUAUAUCCAGCGUGAUUGUAUACCAUGCGUCGUGGCGUUGGGUGUAUUAUUCCCAUGCCAUAGCAGCCGGGUUUCUGGUCAUUCUCAUGCUCCUUUUCUUUAAGGAAACACGUGGGAAUGUCAUACUACGUGGGAAGGCUCAAUCGUUGAACAAAUAUUACGAUCAAUUGGAAGCAGCAGGGCAUGUUGGGGUGAUGAUAGCAGACCAGGACAAAGCCUGUCGGAUUCGAUGGAAGGUCCAAAGUGACGAGCAGCGCGCCUCGCUCGGCCAAAUGAUUCUUACUUCUUGCUACCGCCCUUUCAGUGAGUUCUCCCCGUAA